AAUGUAAUUUUCGAUUGCCACUUUGGUGUUCAGUAUAUCUUUUCCUUUGUGACAUAUAUUCAGUCAAUUGAUUCAAUACAACUUGUUCACAAAUCUUUGAUACUGCAAUUAGCAAAGACACAGGACGAUUAUUGUCUGCGAUCUCACAAUCCCCAUCUUUUAAGAGGGGAACAACUUCUGCCAUCUUCCAUAAUGUUGGAUAUUCGGACGUAAGCAAUGAACAAUUAACAAUAUCUGUUAACGUCGGGAGGAUACAUGGUAAGGCAUCUUUGAUAAUACUCAUUGGGACUUUAUCUAAUGCCGGUGCCUUAUUUGAGGAAAAAGGCAUGGCUUACGUCGUUGUCUUUGUAUACGCUUGUUUGUUUACAACCUGACGUCGAAAUACGUUCCUAACAAAUGAGUCAUCCGCUGCACAAACACCAAUAGUCAAUAUGGUUUAUUCGGGUUAUUAGGUUAUGUACUGCUAACGACCGAUUAUGCACUGCUAGUGACCAUAUAAUGGUUAUUUCACACAAUGGUUGAGAAUUACAAAGUUGAAAAAUGAGGCACAAUCCCAAACAUUUUGAUGAAAUAGCAUGUCUAUUUUCUGGCAAACUGUCCGUUCGGCAAAAUGUCCGUUCGGCAAAAUGUCUUUCGGCAAAGUGUCUUUCGGAAAAUGUCACCGGUCGCGUUACCUCAUUGUGCUUGGUGGCGUUACCUGUCACAUUUGGGCGAGGUUUGCCUUGUGGCGUCAUUGCACUGGGGUUAAAGAGUCUCAAAGGAGUACUCAUCAUCAUAAGUCGAUAUAGAGAUAAGUCAUCUUGAUGAAUAAUUAAUCAUAUUAGCCUCUGAAAUGCCUUCAGGCGUGCAAAUCUAGGGUUACCACCAUUGCUAUAGUGGUAGCCUUGGAUACUAAUUAUUUCGACAUGCCAGAGUAGCCUUGUGUACUAAUUACCUCCGAUACUAAAUUAGACUUACGUACUAAUUACUUCCGUUCCUAUAUUUUGCACACUAAUUACUUCGUCCCUAGAGGGGGUCUAUUACUACUCACUCUAUCACGUAAUAUCACGGACGUUAAUGCCAUAAUGAGGGCCCUGAAGGGGUAAAAUGGGAACUGGGAUUGAUCUAUUUUUAGACUGGGAAAAUGGGAUUGGGGUUGCUGGGACUGGGAUUUGGCCACUGGGAAUGGGAAAUGAAGUCCUCAAAAAUGGGAAUGGGAUUGAGGCAACCCCGUACCCAGGGCUUCUGCGCUUAUUGCUCUCAGAAGCCCUGGGAUAAUCCAACUCAGAACGUGAUUUGAUUGGUCAAUGCGAAUACAAUGAAAGUACCGAACUAACCGAAGUUAUUUAUUAACCGGGUGAUAUUUUGGCAACAUGGCUGCUCCCACAAGGAGUGUAUACAAAAGUUAAAUGCUUGUUUUUGCAUGAAAAUACUUUUUUAAGCCAAAUUCUGGGCUAUUUUGAAAAGCGCAAAAGAAGAAAUGGACUAUUUGUAUUUGUAAAUAAGCAAGAAUGGCGAACAAAGUAAAAACUUUAAGAUAAUAAAGCAAAACAUUUCUCGUUCGAAAAAUAUUGAAAUUUCAAGUAUAAAUCUACAACUUCAACCACGAUAUUCAAUGUAAAUAUUACAUAAUAAAGUUUUUCAUACCUUUUUUACCUUUCUUUGAUAAAUUGUGUGUUCUAUAUUAUUGCAUUUUGUAUUGGAAUAGGAUAAAUUAUUAAUUAUACACAAAUAUUUAAAUUUGCAAAUUAUUCCCAAUUUGAGGAUGCUGGGUGCACUGCCUCAGAGUUCAUAUUUGUCCCUACUUAUUACUGAGUUAUUAGUGCCUCUAAAUCUCUAAUGUACAAACAUUGUCCAUAUUUAUUAUUGAGUUAUUAGUGCCUCUAAAUCUCUAAUGUACAAACAUUGUAAUCUGUUACUUAAUACCAUAAAGAAACUUUUGAUAGCACAUAUAUUAAAUGACUAUUAAUCAAAAUGAACUAAAUUUUCGACUAUUAUAUAGCAUAUUUUCCCCAAUAUUGAGGGAAUAAUUUCUCGUAUUUAUUUAAAUUAUAAUAAGCCAAUAUUGCCCAACUGUGAAGUAAAUAUUGCCCGACUGGCCUAGUCUGCCCAACAAUCGGGCCACGCCCUGUACGCCUAUGGCCAGGCCUACAGGUGGACCCCCAACCGGAUCCGUCACAAUUUUUCUUUCUCCAAAAUUUCCCCUCCCCAUGUACAAGGAUUGACAAUUUGACAUCUUGAUUAGAUUUGAAAAAAAAACACUGUUAUAUUGGGACAUUCCAGAAAACAUCCAUACCACCCCCACAGAGGAAAUUGAAAGUUAAUCCCUCCUACCCCUUUGGAUGUCCUAAUACAUUUACUAUUAUCAGAAACAAUUUUUUCCCCCUUCCCCCUCCAGACGGCAGAAAUUUCCUCUGUGGGGGGAAUGUGGAUCUUUUCUGGAACGACCCAUUUGAGAAAUGCUUUUGCACAAAUUUUAAAUUUUCUUACAAACACAACUCAUCAGAAUACUGUUCUAAGUUGCAACUAAAAUCCAGAGGUCUAAAAGGCUCAAGUCAAUUCCACUGGUGUAACCAGAGGGGGAGGGGGGUUGUUUGCAAUUACACUUGUUUGCAAUUAAGUAGAGUUGAACAUGUGUUAACUGAAUGGUUAUUUCAAAUCACCAAAACACAUUAAAAUAGCCCCCCCCCCAAAAAAAAAUGGCAGUUUACCAACUAGAACUUAAAAAGAGUACAUUGUACUAUAUUAUACAUGGAUAGCUUGGGAGUCCAAAUACAUUUUUACAUAAUAACAAACUUAUUCAAACUAGUGCAGGCCCCUGCUGGGGAUUUCAGUCCCCCUUCAAGGCCUUGAUUAGAAAUCCUGGCUACAUCACUGCUCAAUUCCAUUGCCAGUGGUGUUAGCAUAAUUAGACAGAGUAUGUUAACAAACUAGUGUGUAUUAUGAAAUAAUCCAUUGAGCACCAGUGAUCUAUCCCAGCAUAUAAAAUCAUAUGCUGUAAAAUAAAAAGCAGAACUAAAUGAUAAACAAUAUUUUAUAAUAAACCCAAAUUAGUUCAGCACCAUUGGUUCUUAUAACACUGUCCAUUCCAAUACUAGAAUAUCAAUUGUCAUUAAUUAAAAUGUAUUUCAGUUGGCAAUUAACAAAAGUUGGAGUUUCAUCCGAUGACAUGUAUGCUUCUAACCAAUUGCUGUCCAUGCAGCUAUCUGACCGUUUUUAAUUUUCAACAUUGAUUCCCAAAGCCAUUAUUCUCAAGAUUUGCCAAAAAGGUUCUCCAAAUAAGUACAGAAUUAUAUUACAUCACUCAUCACUGUUCAUUUUACAAUCUUCAAGUGGAUGCAUGUUUACAGUAUAUCUUGUGUAUUUAUAAUUAAAUCUUGCAAUAUCUUGUUCAAAAUCCUCAAAUCCAAGAUAAUCGGCAGCCAGCCAUGUUACCAGUAAGAUUUCUAGUCUGUUGAUUUUGAAAUGACCAAGGUUGUACUCGAAUAUAAAUAUUUAUACUUUAAUUAUUGAAUAGCCCCUGUAUAUCGCUGACAAGGUAUGCUGUUGUCGCGAUAUAAGAUGUUCUUUUGCUCGCCAAAGGGCUUAUUUUACGCACAAUUGUAUCUCUAAAUUGAUCAUUCCUGACUUUAAAUUCCAAAAGCCACGCGAGAAGCAGUUUAAGACGUCUUUACAAGUCCAAAUAUAUCAUAAAUUGCAACAAAUAAUCCAUUCUCACUCCUUUCGUAAAAAUAUGCCCAGUCAGCGUUUUUAGCUGGAGCUACUGUUUACUUCCGCUUCCGUGGGCACCAAUGUUCUAUGGUGUUCCGGUUUGGAUUAUCCCAGGGCUUCUGAGAGCAAUAAGCGCAGAAGCCCUGGGUACGAGGUUGGGAUUGAGGUAAUGCGAGUCGAUUCCCAAUUUUUCUGCGUUUUGACUAUUUUAAAAUACAAUUUUGAUCCAUUUUUGGUGUCUUUGGUCAUGAUUUUUGUUGUUAACUAUAUUAUUCACAGCACUGCAUGCGAACAGGCAUACUCUGCCGCCCGGAAUUUUGGGUUUUCUGAUUAUGCGUGUCUCAGAAUGCUGCAAAUGCCAUUUCCGGGAUUCAAAUUUAAAAAUUUUUCGUGCCUUCGGCACGAGCCCCCAAUAUUUCAUAAAGUGUCCGCCAGUUGCUUAAAAGGUCUUAAAACUGUUUGUUCUACCGAUAAAUAAAGGGUUUUUUAUCGAAUGGGAUUUCAAUAACUGGGACUGGGAUUUCUAAUAAAAAUCCAACUGGGACUGGGAUUUUGCCAAAAUUUCAGGUGGGAAAUGGGAUUGGCACCCCCCCCCCCCCCCCCUUCAGGACCCUCCAUAAUGUGAAUUCGCCAAUGUCGUGUUGUUUUAGACAAGAAAAAAAUCCAACUUACUCAGACACAUGCAACUUCCAAACCUUACUGUAACCAAAUUGCAUCAACUUGAACCUAAUAGUAACAUAACUCAAGAUUGACAACCUGCAAACGUUCCAAGCCCAACCGUAAUGGUACGAUUAUGAAAUUUUGAUUUUUUAAAUAUUUUGAAAGAUAUGUAAUAUAUGUUUUAUAUGUGUAUUUAAAGCUAGUGCUUUACUGCUACUUACGAAGUAUGACGUUAUCAAGAAAAUUGCAGCAGUAAAUAAAGAAAGGAAAAUAUACAUAAUUCGAAAUUCAUCUAACAAUAUCACAAGCGGCAGGUUUGAAGGUAAAAAGUUAAUGAAGAUAAAAGAUUUUUCUCGGGCAAUUAUAUAUUAAUUUCUUCUUAAAGUUGUUUAAAUAUUUGGGUGACAUGUGAAGUUUCCUUCAAGGUGAACUUCGAUGUCUGAAAUAGUCAAAAUAUUAUAGUUUAAAUUUGUUUAUCUUUGACUACUGUGUGGUAAAUGUCAUUAUAAUACAGGGUGUAUAAAAAAAAACUGAACAGAUUUGAAAUUGCUCUCAAUUUCGCAAAACACCUAUUUGUAUCUGUUUUUUAUAUAUAUAGCUUCUUUGGGUACUUAUAAUGUAAAAUAAUGAAAAAAAAUUUUCGAACUCAAUUUUUGUGAAGCAGGGGGGGGGUGUCUUUUCCAACAAACUAAAAAUGGCUCACGCACAAAAUUUAAAAGCUGUAAUCAUAUUUUGAGUUGAUAGAUUGAAAAUUUGUCGGGUUUUGAAUUACUGUACAAAAUUUCAGACAAUUUGGUUUAGUCUAAGCCCUUUAGCUAAUCAUUUUGUUCUAAAAAGUCAGCCUUUCGCAUGCUUAAGGUGGUCUUCCACCCAAAUUUUCCAAUAUUCGUUAUUUUUUAGAAAAACGUAAAAAUGUAGUCUUCAUAGCGUUCUUUAUGAAAUCCGUGUAAUUUUAAGAACGAAAAUGUACCGUAAACCAGAGAAAUCCAGCAAAUUCUACACCUUCGUAGGGUAAAACUACGAUUUUACCCGGAGCGAUAAAGAUAUGCGAUUGGUUUAGUCUAUUGUUCCAUUUUCAAUUAUAUUGUUCUAUCUAAGUUAUUCUAAUAUAUGCAAAAACUUUAAAAUCGCUUUUCUCACAUGAGCAUUUUGCGAAAUACUAAAAACUCUCCUACUGUUCAUACUGAAUCAAUUCGUUCGAAAUUUUCAGAGUUUAUUUGCUUGUUACAUAGCCAUGUCAUGGACCUAAAAAACUUCAUAUAUCAGCAAAAUACAUUGCGAGAGUAGCCUUAUAAGAACUCCUUUCUUCAUAUAAUUUUAAAAAAGUAAAUAUGAAGGCCUUAUUAUAUUACUUGUAUAUUUUUUUAGGUUCAUGACAUAGAUCGAUGUAUUAAGUGUCCAUUAAAGCUGUUUCUAAAAUUCUCGGUAAAUUAGUUUGGCUCACAUCAUUUUUGGAGCAAACCCUAGAUUUUACCCUAUUGCGAGGCCUAUCUUAGUUACUAUGGCAACGACGAAUGUAAAAGUUACUGAUUGUGCGUCAGCUGAGGAUAUUCCAUCAUAUUUGACUCAAAUAUGAUGAUAAAACCUUGAAAAAUUGAAAAAUUGAAAAAAAUGUUUUUAGCGUGGAAGACCCCCUUAAUUAAUGCCGUUACCUAAUUUACAUAUUGCUGACAUAUGCAAAUUAGGCAAAUGCAUUAAUUAAGCAUGCAAAUAGCUGAUUUUUCGGGAAAAUUGUAACUUUGCGUGAAUAGUUAAGGGGCUUAAACUAAACCAAAUUGUCUGAAAUUUUGUACAGUAAUUAAAAUCCCGACAAAUUUUCCAUCUGUUAACUCAAAAUAUGAUUGCAGCUUUCAAAUUUUGUGCGCGAGCCAUUUUUAGUUCGUUGGAAAAGACACACACCCCUGGUUCACAAAAUUUGAGUUCGAGAAAUUUUUUUCAUUAUUUUACAUUAUAAGUACCCAAAGAAGCUAUAUAUAUAAAAAACCAGAUACAAAUAGCUGUUUUGCGAAAUUGAGAGCAAAUUUAAAUCUGUUCAGUUUUUUUUUAUACACCCUGUAUAGCAUUUGUAAAUUCUAAAAGCUGAUUGGCUAAGAGCCGUGUUGAUAUAACUCAAUAUCAACACGGGAAAUUUUCCGCCGCUUCUAAACACGGAAUUUUUUCUCAUUCUUCGGGCUUUUGACAUUGCUAUAUUAUAAAAAAAAUAUAAAACAUUUUUUCCGUAUUGAUAUAUAGUUAUAUCAACACUCGUGGAAGUUGGGAAAACUCGAAAUUAUAUGAAUACAUUCCGCCCUUCGGGCGUCGUGUUUCCAUACAAUUUCUCGUUUUCCCAAUUCCACCUGUGUUGAUAGAACUGUAUAUCAACACGGAAAUGUUUUAUAUUUGUUAAGUAUAAUACAAGUGCAGGUUAAUGCUACUAAUGAAUUUCGCUAUUUCGUGUUCUUUAUGAGGGACAAUUUCCCCAGUUCUGUUUUCAAGCUUUGAAUAUUGAUGCAAGUUGCAUUUGGAUGACAAGUGAAGUUUCCUCCAGACAUUCAUCAAUGUCUGAAAUAGUCAAAAUAUUAUGGCUCUAGCCGCGACUACUCCAUUUGUUAAAAUACGAGUUAGUGGAAUAAAUAUCCGUAACUCUUUGUGAGGAGGUUAAUGCUUUAGCCUAUAAUGUAGAUUGAGCUUUGUUUUUUGUUGUCGUUUGUAAUUGACUGAAAGAGAAAAGUUUGUUUUGUAGUAUUUUGUUUUGUAAAGAACUUUAUACCUGUGCAGUUCUUUUUUCCAAACCUCUUGUAUCCGUCUUUACAUUGGCAAUUGUAUGACCCUUGAGUAUUGAUGCAAGUUGCAUUUGGGUGACAAUUGACGUUUCCUGGUGAGCAUUCAUCAAUGUCUGAAAUAGUAAAAAUAUCAUGGCUCUAAGCCGGAACUACUGCUUUUGUUAAAAUACGAGGUGGGAGAACAAGCAACCUUGACGGUUGGUUAUAUAGGAGGUUAAUUGUGUAUAGCCUAUAAUGUAGGUUAAUUAAGUUUCGCUAUUUUUUGUUGUCUAUGAUUAAUUAAAAAAAAAAUUGUUUUAUAAAGAACAUUUUACCUGUGCAGUUCUUUUUCCCAUUCCCAACGUAUCCGUCUCUACAUUGACAGAUGUAUGAGCCUGGAGUAUUAACGCAAGUUGCAUUCGGAUGACAUGUGAAGUUUCCUUCAGAGCAUUCAUCAAAGUCUGAAAUAGUCAAAAUAUUAUGGUUCUAGCCGUGACUAAUGAAUUUGUCAAAAUGCGAGUUAGGAGAAUAAGUUAUCUUAAUAUAUGUAGCCUAUAUUGUAGAUUGAGUUUCUUUUAUGUCGUUUGUAAUUGACUGAAAAGAAAAUGUAUUUUUUUGUAAAGAAAUUUAUACCUGUGCAGUUCUUUUUUCCAUAUCCCUCAUAUCCGUCUUUACAUUGGCAGUUAUAUGAGCCUGGAGUAUUGAGGCAAGUUGCAUUUGAGUGACAAGUGAAGUUUCCUAUAGAGCAUUCAUCAAUAUCUGAAAUAAUCAAAAUAUUAUGCCUUUAGCCGUGACUGCUGCAUUUGUUAAAAUACGAGCUAGUUGAAUACGCGACGGUAACUGUUGGUUAUGGGAGGUUAAUAUUCAUAUGAGGCACAAUUUAGUAGAAGUUACUAUUUUUAGACUUUUAGGAUUAGGAAUAAGGUUUGGAUUAUAUAAGGUUCGAAUUAGGGUUAGGAUAAAGAGUAAGAUGAGGAUUAGUAUCAGGAUUAGAAUAAGAGUUAUAGUUAAGUUUAGGAUUAAGUUUAGGGUUAAGGUUUGUGUUAGGGUUAAAUUCAAAAUACAAAAUAUAGAAAAUUACAAAAUUCUAAAAGUGGCAGCUGUUCCUAAAACGUGGCAAGCAUAAAGGUUAAUGCCUGUAAUGUAGGUUGAAUUUCGCUAUUUUUUGUCGUUUAUGAUUGAAUGAAAGAAAGAGGCAUUUUGUUUGAUAAAAGACUUUGUACCUGUGCAGUUCUUUCUUCCAAAGCUUUCGUAUCCGUCUUUACAUUGACAGAUGUAUGAGCCUUGAGUAUUGAGGCAAGUUGCAUUUGAAUGACAAGUAAAGUUUCUUUUAAUGCAUUCAUCAAUGUCUGAAAUAAUAAAAAUAUUAUGGCACUACCCGUGACUGCUGCAUGUGUUAAAAUGCGAGUUAGUUGAAUAAGUGACCGUAACUGUUGGUUAGGAGGUUGAUGCUAUACCCUAUAAUGUACGUAAGUUGAUUUUUUUUCGUUCGUGAUUGACUGAAAAAUGUGUUGUGUUUUAACAAGAACUUUAUACCUGUGCAGUUGUUUUUCCCAAACCCCUUAUAUCCGUCUUUACAUUGACAGUAGUAUGAUCCUUGAGUAUUGAGGCAAGUUGCAUUUGGAUGACAAGUGAAAUUUUCCUUAGAGCACUCGUCAGUGUCUAAAAUUAUAAAAAUAUUGUGGCUUUAGCCGUGACUGCUGCAUUUGUUAAAAUACGAGUUAGUUGAAUAAGUGAUCGUAACUGUUGGUUAGGAGGUUAAUAUGCAUAUGAGGCACAGCUUACGAACAGUUACUAUUUUUAGAAUUUUAUAGGGUUACGAAUAUGGUCUGGAUUAUGGGAGUUAGGAUUUGAGUAGUGGUUAAGAUUAAGUUUAUGAUUAGGUUUAAUGUUAGGGUUUGGAUUCGGAUUAAGUUUAAAAUAAUAAUAAUAAUAAUAAUAAAUAAUAAUAAUAAUGAUUUAAUAGCAUUUCCACGUUGUGGCUAUUCUAUGCUACAAAAGGUUACAUGCAUACAUUAUGACAACAUUAAAUAACUACAAUAUUAUAGUAUAUUAGAGACCUAUACUUUACAAGAGAUGAUCAAACGACAAAAACAAAACGAAACAAUGGACACAUUACGUAACAAUAUAAACACAUUGUAUUUCAUGCUUAAAUUUGCUAAUUUUGUCCAGAAAAAAAAUACAAGAAAAUAAAAAAUUACGAGUGUUUAAAAAUAGUAACUUUUCCUAAAACGUGACAGCAAUAGAGAUUAAUGAUGCUAUAGCAUGUUAUGUAGGUUGAGUGUCACUAUUUUUUGUCGUUUAUGAUUGACUGAAAGGAAAAGGUAUCUUGUUUUUGUAAAAAACUUCAUACCUGUGCAGUUCGUUUUUCCAACUCCCUCGUAUCCAUCUUUACAUUGACAAAUGUAUGAGCCUUUAGUAUUGAUGCAUGCUGCAUUUGGGUGACAAGUGAAUUUUGUUCCAGAGCAUUCAUUAAUAUCUAAAAAAAUCAAAAUUUAUUAACACUUUGCCUUAAAUUAGCGACUGGAAACCGCAACAGCUUAGGCCAAUUACUGCGGAACCAUUACAUGAUAAAUAGAUCUAUAUAAACAUAUAAAGACCAUGUGCGGCCGGAAACGUUGCAGAGACCUUUGUGCUGAUAUAAGUUAGACUUUUUCAACUCCAUUUAAACAGUAAACAGCUAUAGUAAACAACACAAAGACCGUCUGAAGCGCCACCGCGUACACAUGGUUUAGAUACAGAAAUACAACACAAUAAGUGUAUGGACAUUGGACAAAACAACAAUUAUACAACUGACAGGCAUACAACAAACAUUAAGACAAACGUAUUCAACAAAAACAUUAAAAACAACAAGAAAGAGCGGGCAAGAGGUUACGGGCAGUAUUACACUUAACGCAAACUGUCUUCCAUGUCCUCCCAUCUUCAGUGUCAUAACACAAGUUCAGAGCGUUACUGUAAUAUUGUUUAAGCAAAGUUUUAAACGUAGCCAAAGAGAUGGACUUCCUGCGCAUUUCGUUUGGUAGCUUAUUCCAAACUCGUCUCGAUCUUACCAAGUACGACCUAGCGUAUGUAGAUGUUCGAUAUAUAGCUGUCCUUAUAAAAUGUUAUAGCUGUUUCUAUAAAAUGUUAUAGCUCUAGUACCCUGGUUGUCAGAGGUUCUGUAUCUUUCGCCUUAUUCCCGCUCGUAUUUAUUUUACGCGAGGCGAAGAGAACCUCUGGUGGAACGCGAUACAAAUUUCUCUUCCUUUAGUACAAAAUUUGCACUAAGCGCAUGAUUGGUUAGUUAUAAUUAGCAGUCACAUGCAUGAAGUGAUGUGAUUGGCUAGACAAAAAAACCUGUUUAUAAAUCUCAGAGAACAUGAUGUAAACAAAAUACAAAAAUAAUACCAACGCAUUUAAGAGCGGUUGUCUGUAAUAGUCAGGUAAGACGUGUAAAAUGAAAAAAUUCAAAAUCUUUCAAACUUUGUCAGAAUGUAGGCCUAUAUGAAGUAUUAAUGUUGUGAAAGUUUUAUUUCGAUCGGAUAAAUAUUGAAGGAGAGAGACGUCGAAAUUGGUUUUCCCAGGCCACUUUCGGUUUUUAGAAGUCAUUUUACGGCACUACCAAAAUCGCUCUAUUUUGCACGUUAAUGGGAAUAUUUCACGAAAUAUAAUUUCGUUUGAUAAAUUAGAGUUAUUUAUUGAGUAGCAGACGAAAUUUAGAGACAUUUCUGUAAAAAGUGAAUAUUUUACAGAUUUUCUUAAUGUUUUUUAUUUUUGAACCUCUUUAUUAUAUGUCAUAUUAGGCAGCGAAUAUCUCCAUUGUUACAUCGAUUCAGACAAAAAAUUCAUAACCAGGUCAAAGAAAUAUGUUUUUGCUUGCUAUUGAUCAAAUAAAAUUUUGGGGCAACGUAGAAUUGAAUUUUUGACGAAUUUUUUCGUAACCCCUAUUUGACCCGAAUAACCGUAUGUUAUGUAAUCAACGUCGAGUCAUGUAGUUCUAUAAAUAACCAAAGAGCUCGUCAAAAGCCUUUACUUCUUCGAGUAAACAAGGCUAGGCCAAUAAAACUACCUUAGCUAAAGCUGUACGAUUGGCAGAAAGCAUUUAGGUAUAAAUCACACUGUUUACAGUCGCUUAUUGUUCAGGUAAUGCCUAUAAUAUAUUGUAUAGCCGGCGCCGCUGAUUUGGCGGAUUUGGUUUUAAUUAUAUUUUAUCGGGGAUAUGCCGCAAUAAGUAUAGCAAGUGUAUUUUCUCUCCCCUUCCCAUAAACAUCUGUUCUUUCACGACUCGUCGUGCUUAUAACUUUUCGAACAUAAAUAGUGCACGCGCUUUUUGUCAAAAACAUCGGUCAUUUUACGUUGAAAUUGUAAUUCGUUUACUUACAGUAGUUAAUUUAAUUAAUAUUAAAGCUGGAUUCUUUCACCGUGAUGUCAUGCCAAAAGGUGUCUUUUCUAUUUUUAAAAAAGACCCGCUGUUGAUUUAUGAUUUGGUAAUAUUUACUACAGUUGUAUGUCUUGUAUAUUUGAUUAUUUUGUUGUUGCUCAAUAACUUUGGUCAAACUUCAGACCAAACUUCUACGCACUGUUACUUAUUAACUGGCCAUCACUUUUAAAACAGCAAGAAGAUAAAGACAACGUGUACGUGUGAGUUAUCCAUGAAAUAAAUAGUUGGUUUACAAAAUGAAUUCCGUCUUCGUGGAAAAAAUUAAUGAGUUAUAAAUAAUCUCUCCUGUUUGUGUUAAGCUACAUGUAGGGAUUUCCCCCGGUAUAUUUCUUCUCUUUUGUAUGGCCGUUUGUGGUUACGCGUUAUCUGACAUAUACUUUUGGUCCAAUUUCAAUUACAUUUAUCCAACCAUUUCUGGAUGAUACAUCUAGAACACUCAGGCAGUUCUCAGGCCAAAAAAGUCAACUUGAAAGGGGGCCCAACUUUCCCAGAGGGGGUCCCGGAAUGCUGGAAUUGCGCAACGUGUUCUAAAAUUGAGGUCGAAAAAGGUCUGAAAAGUAUUUUGAACCCCCCAUUAUCGCAAAAAUAAUUUUUGGAACGUUUUUCCCAAAAAAACGUCGCCCCACCCACCCACCCCCCUACCACCCUUUACAUUUUACUGUAACAUUUUUGCUUUACCAGAAAACAUUUUGAGGGGGCCCCCGAAAAGGAAGGGGGCCGAAUUUUUUAACCGGGGGAAAUCCCUACAUGUAGCAUUUAACACAUACAGGAGAGAUUAUUUAUAACUAAUUUUUAUCCACAAAGACGGAAUUCAUUUCAAUACGUGGGCAGUUAAUUAAUUAAAUUAAAACUCCUUGCGAGGUCGUCCUCGAGAGGUUGACGGCUAGAAAUUUCAUAUCUUCGGAUCAGUACAUGCUAUGCCUAUGAAGACAGAAAUACCACCAUUCGAUUAAGAAAUAAAAGAUCAACUAAUUAUUAACAAUAAUCAAUAGUCAUUAUUAACAUUGUAGCGAUUUAUGGGAGUUUGAAAGUCAAAUGCGAUCGUAUACUAUCAAAUUACUUCGAGCCUCGAGCUCACAGCCGGACAAGAAAUGGAAAUACCGUGAUAAAAGAUGCAAAUUUGAAGAUACAGGCUUGCAAAUAACAAUCUAAAUAGUGUUUUUGAUGGGGAUUCGAACAAGACUAUUACAAAGACGAUAUGUUUGAAGGGGUCGAAGUUAUUUUCGGCGAAAGGUAUGGCUAGUCUAUAUUUUUGUUCAGACAAUCGCGUGAGCUAUCCCAACCGGAAAUACGACUAAAAAAACGUCCUGAAACAAUGCGACGUUUGCAUCGUAUGACCUUGCAAAUGGCCUAUGUUUUUUACAAAAAACGUGUGCACUAUAUUUAUGUGAGAACACGAGUUUAUGGGAGGGGGAGAGAAAAUAUACUCGCUAUACUUAUCGCGGCAUAUCCCUGAUAAAAUAUAAUUGAAACCAAAUCUGCCAAAUCAGCGGCAUCGAGUAUCGGGCAUUAGCUGAACAAUAAGCGACUGUAAACAGUGUGAUUUAAACCUAAAUGCUUUCAGCCAAUCGUACAGCUUUAGCUAAGGUAGUUUUAUAGGCCUAGGCUUGUUUACUCGAAGAAAUAAACGCUUUUGACGAGCUCUUUGGUUAUUUAUUGAACUACAUGACUCGACGCUGAUUAUAUUAACAUACGGUUAUUCCGGUCAAAUAGGGGUUACGAAAAAAUUCGUUAAAAAUUCAAUUUUAAGUUGCCCAAAAAUUUUAUUUGAUCAAUAGCAAGGGAAAACAUAUUUCUUUGAUCUGGUUAUGAAUAUUUUGUCUGAAUCGAUGUAACAAUGGAGAUAUUUGCAGCCUAAUAUGGCAUAUAAUAAAGAGGUUCGAAAAUAAAAAACAUUAAAAAAAUCUGUAAAAUAUUCACUUUUUACAGAAAUGUCUCUAAAUUUCGUCUGCUAAUCAAUAAAUAUCUCUAAUUUGUAAAACGAAAUCAUAUUUUGUGAAAUAUUCCCACUAACGUGCAAAAUAGAGCGAUUUUGGUAGUGCCGUAAAAUGACCUCUAAAAAUCGAAAGUGGCCUGGGAAAACCAAUUUCGACGUCUCUCUCCUUCAAUAUUUAUCCGAUCGAAAUAAAACUUUCACAACAUUAAUACUUCAUAUAGGCCUAUAUUCUGACAAAGUUUGAAAGAUUUUGAAUUUUCUCAUUUUACACGUCUUACCUGACUAUUACAGACAACCGCUCUUAAGACCAGUAUGGCGGAAAUAAGAUUCACUACUAAUUACAAACUACACAACAUCACAUUACAACACGAAAAACGGAACAACAAAGUCUGCCAUAAUAAUAUAUAAUUAAAGUAUUAUUGAUUGAGAAUAGCAUGCUUGCGACCGACCAUUAGCCCACAUUCACUUUAAUGAAUUCUAAGAUGCAAAAUAUUUAACAAAUAUGAAACAUUUUCCGUGUUGAUAUACAGUUAUAUCAACACGAAUGGAAAUUGGGAAAACGAGAAAUUGUCCCAAUUUCCACGAGUGUUGAUAUAACUAUAUAUCAAUACGGGAAAAAAUGUUUUAUAUUUGUUUUAUAAUAUAGCACAAAGAAAUAUAAAGAAAGAAAUUUUCCGACGUUUCCGUGUUGACAUUGAGUUAUAUCAACACGGCUCUUAUAGCCAAUCAGCGUUCAGAAUUUACAAAUGCUAUUAUAAAUAGAGAAUAAUACAUGGGUGCUUGGAAAUACCAGAUUUAUUUCGAGUGUUGAACAUGAUAUCUCACGAGUGAGCGCAGCGAACGAGUGAGAUAUCAUGUUCAACACGAGAAAUAAAUCUGGUAUUUCCAAGCACCCAUGUAUUUUUCUGUCUAUUAUAUAAACAAAAUUCAGUGAAUAACAAUAAAACGUCCGUGGCAAUGCGUUUUACAACAAAUGAUAUUUUCACACGUAAAAAUAUCGUAUUUUUUACGUGUGUUUAAAUACGAUUUUUCUCAGUGGCCAAAAUUUCUAUAUAACACUUAUGUUUAUAUAAUAAAUAUUAUUACGUGACUGAACACAACAUAAAAAUUUUGACAACAAGAUUAACAACAGCAGCAUACAAAUGCUAUAUUAUAAAUAUUAUUACGUGACUGAACUGAUGGGACUAACGAAUGUGGGAGCCAAUUCUAGUGUUUGUGUAUGCAAUUGUCGUCCUUCUCGUUCUAACAUGUAGUUGCAGGUUACUGGAUACUUUUAUGUACAUGCAUCAUUUCAAGGAGUGCACCUUCAGUCUUAAGUUUGUACCAGCUCAAGUACGAGGCAAUAGUCAUUAUAUAGUACCAGUCAGGUACGACUAUAUAUAAAAAUCUUAUCAUCGUGACUGCAAUGUAUUAACAUGCAUGCACUGGCACUGACAAGAAAUUUCAGGUGAAUUUAUUUUCGUGUAAUUCUACAUUAUCCCGUAAUUUUCUUUUUGUGAACUGUUUUUGUUUACUUUCCUAGGAGUUUACAAAGCGUGAAAUAGAAUACAAAAAAAUCAAAUGUGAAGGAAAGAUUGUACCACCAGAAAAAGUCGUUCACAAGUACAGUAUACAGUAUAUAAUUCUGUUUUGGUGAAGAGUAAACUACGCAGAAGUUAACAAGUCCUGUACACUACUACCUCUCAUGGUAUAAGCCAAGCAGCCUGCGGGCAGCCGCACACGAGAGACUGCGCGCAGGCUAGAGUGUAUAGAUUACAGGAAUGUUAACCACUUCAAUCACGAUAUAACAUGCAGAUAAUUUUUAUGAUUUCUGUGUGUGUUGGUGUUAUGUACUCAGAUGAAUAUGUUGUUUGUGAUGUUACUGUGAGUGUGCAUCCACGCUGGGCAAGCUGAAAAGUUUGCCUGACCACGGUUGGAAUCGAACCCGUAAUCUUUGGGAUACUAGUCCAAUGCUCUACCAACUGAGCCACGAGGUCACGUCGGUUUAAGUUGGUGAUAUUUCGGAACAGAAUCUAGUUCCUUCGAUAUCAAUGUAUUCUAAGAUAUGAUGAUUUCAUCUUGCCCAUACUAACAUCAGCUCGCCCGGUGUGGAUGCACACUCAGAGUAACAUCAGAAACAACAUAUUCACCUGAAUACAUAAUACCAACAGACACAGAAAUCAUCAUAUCUUAGAAUACAUUGAUAUUGAAGGAACUAGAUUCCUGUUCCGAAAUAUCACCAACUUGAACCGACUUGACCUCCGUGGCUCAGUUGGUAGAGCAUUGGUCUACUAUCCCAAAGGUCGCAGGUUCGAUUCGCACCGUGGUCAGGCAAACCUUUCAGCUUGCCCGGUGUGGAUGCACACUCAGAAUAACAUCACAAACAAUAUAAUCUUUAGUUAUUUUGUGAUCAGAUAUUUCGACAAACGUAUAUGCCAAAAUUUGCGAGAUAUGUUUUGUUGUUGUAGUUGGAUCAGUUUCGGUUGUUGUGAUCCCAAAAUAAUGGCUUAACUGAUCCCGCUAUUAUAGUUCCUACCAAAACUACAAGAAAGGCAGACUUUUAUGCAGCUUACAUUAUCAGUACGUUUAAUUACACUUUAUUGUGUCAACAUGUCUCCGUUCGACGCUUGCACGUCUGUCACAUCACUGUGACCAUCUCUGUGGAACAAACUUCACUUGAAACUGCGUCACCUCACUCGUUCUACUCGGCACGAUAGUUACGCAAUGACCUAGGCCAUGGCGGUUUGAAGACCAGAGGACCUGAAGGCUUAGUCACUAAAAAUUUCUUUGUGUGAACCAUCAUUGUUUUUCAGUGCACACAAGAAAUUUCUUAAUUUUGCUUCUAUUCUUCUCCAAGUAGAGUACUGCCCCCAAUUGGUUGUAUAUAUGCUAGCUAACGAGCAACGAUCCUGCUUGUGAGAUUGUUGCUUUUUAGAUCCAGCGCCUGCAGGGCGUGAAUCAUCUCAGAGUGCAUGGGGGCGGUUCCUUGAUAUAUUAAAACCUUGGCGACCUCAUUAUAUUUUUUGUGAACGACAUACAAGUUAAUUGUAAGCGUUAUCUUUAGUUUAGAUUUGUCUUAUUCGCUUUACUUUGUUUUAGAUUUAAAGCGACUCUAUUGACAUUUUUUAAGAAAUUCCCAAAUUCUGGUAUGUAAAUCUUUCCGCCUGUGCUUGUACAGCUGUUAGUUACCUCAAGGUCGGUGACUAAGUUGUUAUUCAUCUCUGCGUAGUUAUCGAGGGUGAGGUAUAGUUUAUUCGUCUCACUUCAUGAUUAUUUUCACAAAGAAAAGCUACAACGCUUGUGUGACUUAAAAUCUGGUGGAACAAAACACAAAAUCCAACUCAGUCAUCGUUUUUCAUCCAGUAUACCACAUGACAAUACAAAAUUGCAAGACUUAGUUCCUCAGCUGCAAUUUUCACCUUAGCAAGGUGAUCAGACAUAAACUUUCUUCCUUGACGACUGCAUGGCAAGUUUCUCGAUAUUCUGUCUCAACUCAUACAGAACAUUAAUAGCACAGUACUUAAGCCGUGCUUUAUACUGUACAUAUUUCUACUUUUGAUUAGAUUACAUUUUUAUUCUCGCUAAUUCAUCUAGCAUCCGUUGUGGGAGUUCAUUGUACCCAUGGUCUAAACCGUGCUGGGUAUAUUGUGUGUAGGUAAGUACAGUAUUAUGCUAAUAACGAAGCUCAACAGAGUACGAGAAUAUAAAUUAUAGAAGUUUAAUAAAGCUCACUGUUUCGAUAAGAGAGAACUUAGCUAUGCAUGAUUACAACUUGCUAUGUGACAAUGACGUGUUUUUACCAAAUAAGGUCAUGAGAGAACCUAAAUUCAACCGUUACCCAGAGCCGAUCAGAGUUCUAAUCACGGGCUCGGAGUACGAAAUUAAGACCAAUUUGUUAUUAUUAUUUAAAGAACCACUAUGCCAAAUAUAUGAUCCUUUUUCAUGUGUAAUAUUUGGGUCAUUCUACGAAGAAAUGUAAUAAAUCUAUAGUUAAAAACCUCAUCUUUAUAAAUAUUUUCACUGUCAAAGAUUCCGGAUAUGAUGUCAUUAGAAUGAUUUUUGUAGCAAAAAACAAAGGAAAACUAAUUUGCAAUUCAUCUAAUGACAUCAUGUCUAGAAACUUUGACAGUGAAAAAGUUGAUCAAGAUGAGGUUUUUUUACUAUAAAAAUAUGUUACAUUUCUUCUUAGAUGACCCACAUAGUACCACCUACAACAAAAAAUCGUAUUUGGGGUAAGUCGUACUUUUAAUUUUUGGAUUGAGUUUACUAUUUUUGCAUAUCUUUUCCAUUAGAUAUUUGAUUGAAUGUAGAGGACACUCGCCACAAGAAGCUAUUGAAGGUGAUAGUAAACUACUAAAACACCACUAUGUACAAACUGCAUGUUUUGCGUAUGUGUGAAAUGAUAUCCUUUUGUUUGGCCAUCCCACAUUAAAGUUUCCACCUACAGUACUGCCAAGAAAUAACUUAACCCCGCGUCCUGCCUCCAGAGCGCCCGCGUCUUGCGUCCACUCUGCCCGCGCCCUGCCUCCAGAGCGCCCGCGUCCGGCCUCCACGACGCCCGCGUCUUGCGUCUGCUCUGCCCGCGUCCUGCCUCCAGAACGCCCGCGUCCGCUUGGACGCAGUCUUAACAUAAUCGGAAAAACGAACUAUAUAACAUUUGCAGACAUAAACAAUUUGCAGACAUAAACUAAUAUUUAUGGACAUAAACUAUGUAAGUAUAAUAUAAACACAUAUGAACCAAGUGAGAUCGCGACUACAACAAGUACUAUAUAUCUCACAACAAGUUAAUUUGCUAUCCAAUUUAUGACUUACUGUACCUCCGUAGAAGAUUACCGAUUAAUUGAUAUGCAAUUCUGUAUUUGAGUAAUGUUAUGUCUCCGUAACUCAUCAGUAUAUAAUAAUUAUAAAAUGAAGAUGGUCAUAACAACAUACAGUGUAUACAUAGUGCAUUUGAUCUUUCAUAUAAAAUAUACUACGACUCGAGCCACUAUAUAGCUUUAUAACUUCAAAACAAAUUAAAUGCACAUGGUGAUAUGUCACUGAUACACAUUUGCAUACAUCGCCCACGUACGGUCUUAAUCCCUUAAUGGAAUACCCAGCCUAGUCCCAGGCUCUCUCUCUAUUCGCUGCUUUGAUAUAUUUAAAUGAGUCUUAAAAGUUUUAUGCCUGGGUGUGCUGUGCGGAACGCUUCAGCGAGAGAGCCUAGCAGAUUUCGGUAAAAUGGUCCCUGAUUUCAAAAAAGUGGUCCCUGGCCUGGUUACAAAGCAUACCGCAUUUGUAAAUAGAAAAUGUUAUGGAAAUUUCCUUUGCGUUUAUAUAAUUAAGUCAUUAGUUCUGCUCUAAUGCUGCCGGAACAAUGAAAUAGGCUACGUUUCGCUACCAUACAGUCAGAAUGGAAUAACGGGCUAAAUAUGACUUGUGUUUACUAAAAUAUAAAGCCAUAUUAAAUGAUAUCUAGAAGCUUGAAAAUUAUGCCGAGUCUCCGACUAAAAAUGUUUUGACAACACAGUCAUGUCAGGCAAAUAUUUCCAAUCUCCUCAGCUACUUAAAACUGUCAACCAGAAGCGUAAUUGUGUAUACCAGUAUCAUGGUCUAGUGUUGAUCACAACUUGCGAGUAUAUAAAUAUCAUCAACGAUUAUACGAUCAUUGCUCAGACUCGGUAUCGUAAAUUUGUAUAUAUUUUUUAAUUGAGUACAUUUUUAAUAUAGUUUGAAUUUGGUUAUGGAGACAUUGAACAUGAUCAACGAACAUUGUCGUAUUUAUACAAGGUUAUUUGUAUAUAUAAAUUUUCCGCCAUAUUAAAAAUACUGAAAUCUGCUAGGCGUUCUGAAGCACCUUUAGCGGUGACGUCACACCUAGGUCCCAGUCUCGUACUACAUCCACGUUUUCUCGCGCUUGCUUCAGAACGACUGGUACUAGGCUGUGGAAUACCUUUAUAAGUCCUGGGGCCGGUUGUUCAAAGCUGGGUUAGCGCUAACCUUCGGUUAAAAUUUAACCUGCUGUUUUAGUUGACGUAUUUCUGCCGGUCUGUUUAUUUCAAAACUUCAGAGAGAAAAGCUCCUACUGAUUCGGAUAACAUCUCUGAAGAAAUAUUUCCAAAUUUACAAACAAGCUCUUGGAAAGUUUGCUUUGAAUUUUAAGUUAACCUAGGGUUAAGCUAACCCAGCUUUGAACAACCGGCUCCAGGAAACAGCCUUUUUGUUGCAAUGACUGUGACUCAUCGCCUGAUUUUCAAAGUUGCAGUAUAAAUCAAAGCUGCUUCCACAUUCGAUAUUCGCUAAAGUCGAAGUGAAGAGCUCAGACUAAUACAGUAUCACUCGACCCGCAUUACUAUCAGACCAAUACAAUGAGCUAUCUAUCGCUUACACGUCAACCAAAACGUAUGUAAUGUUGGUUUUAAGUAGAGGUCGACUACGAAAAGGAACUUUACGAAGCACAAAUUCUGAAACUUCUCGGUAAGUUUAAUAUUAGAACUAUAAAUAGUGUUAUUACACUUUUAUCGCUUUAUUCGCUUAAACAUUGUCCGUAAUAACGUUUAGUAAAAACAUGAGAACUACAUGAUGCUAUUGUCUAUAUUUGAGCAUUGUAAAUCAUUAAUACAUAUACAGACAUUACAGUAUCAUAAUAAAUGAAUUGAUUUUUUUCAUUCGUGAAUCGAGAUGAAUCAGAUGAUCCUACUGUCUUGAAUGAUUUUGAAACCCAGCUUGAGCUAGACGCGACGCAAUCUCGUUCCCAGAGUAUGCCUGUUCGCGGGUUAGGUUGUGGCAUGACUCUGGGGAAAGGAAGAGAUUAUUUCGCUGGCCUCGGAGUGACAAAACGCAACAAAGCAACGGUUUUACUAACACUAACCGUACUCCAAACAUCAACUCUAACCCUAAUACUAACCCAUAGAACUAACCUAACCCUAUGCCAAAUUUGUUUCUAAACCAAUCUUAAAGAAAAAAGUUUUGACGAAAUGUCAUUCUGAGGUCAGCGAAAUAGUUGAUGCCCUGGGGAAAUCGAAUCGAAAUCGUUAUUUGAUUGGCUGCCGUGAUCAUCAAUACUGCCGACACAAUUAAUACGUGUUUUUUGCGAGAAUUACGCGUGAAAAUACGCGAAGAGAGAAUUAUCAAAUGUUUAUCAAAUUUGGAAUGCGAAAUCAAACAAUAUAAAUCGAAGCAGUAUAAUAUUAAUCCUAUGAAAAAGUAUUGGGACUUUGGGUAUAUACUUACAAAAUGGCAUGGUAUUUAUAAAUGACUUUUUAUCGAUGUACAGUAUAAGUAUAUUCAUUAUAACUAUGAAAGAAUUGGCGAAAUGAAAUCAUCGCACACGUUGUCGUUGUUUUGUUAAAUUGACAUAUUGUUGCCAGGACUUUGGAGUGACAGCUUUUGCUUGUGUUAAAAACUUGAAGCUUUAAACAAUACGGUACAUUAUGGUCAACACUCAACAUGUUGUAGUCUGUGGUCUUUGUGCUUUUGUAAAUGGAGUUAUCUAUAUAAAUUUAAGAUGCCAGGUGUUUUUGUAGCAUCUGUAUAAAUUAUAGAAUAAUUGAUUUAAGAAGUUCCUCAGGUUGUAAAACAUUUGGUUAUAGACUUGCUUUGUAAAUGAUUGCCACUUGACAGCAUGAUGGGCUAUUCCAUUUAAUAUCGGUACACCCCCUGUCGAGGAUACAUGUUUUUCAUGGUUAUACCCUUGAAGAAUUCCAAACUCAAAACCUUUUACCCCUGAAGAAUUCCAAGCUCAAAACCUUUACCCCAGAUGAAUUCCAAACUCGAAACACUUUACCCCUGAAGAAUUCCAAGCUCAAAAUACUUUACCGCUGAAGAAUUCCAAGCUUUUGACCCUUUACCCCUGAAGAAUUCCAGGGAUCCUCGACAGGGGGGGGGAUAUUAAAUGGAAUAGCCCAAUGUAAGGCUAUAACUAAGCCAAACCCGAAACAAUUUUUUCAUCAAUUUGUGUCUGGAUAAAAAAUAAGUAGUGAAUUUAAAUACAGAUGUUUCCUUGUCUGUUGCUAUGUGAAACAAUGUUGUUUAUAGCAAUAAGAGUUAUUGUUGAUCAAUAACAAUGCUCAUUUGCUAAAAAUAUACAAGUAUUGAUUCCAUUUCCAAACUAUUAUACUAUGUGAAUAUAUUGGCAAUUAAUCCAAUUAUAUAUAAAUAACAACUUUAAUUUCUGUAUCAAGACUCCUGGAUAUUAUUGUUUCCUAAGCAUCAUUGAGGGGGCACUUGUUCUAAAUAUAUGCAAUAAGUCUGGUUACCAUUAAUUAAAAAAUGUCCAUAUUCAGAGUUACAGUUGUACUGUUUUAUUAAAAUACUACAGAAAUGCAAUAUAUUUCAUGAUUUUAAGAAUUAAUUGAAUGGGGACUGCAUGGUUAAAAGAGGAGGGGGGCUUAUUUAUUUUUGUAUCUAAAUGAGGGGGGGGCUUGUUUAUUUUUGUAUCCAAAUGAGGGGGGGGAGGUUAUUGGAGAGGGGCUUGAAGAGAAGGGGGCUAAAUAUAGAAAUUACAGUGCCUGCAUUCCUUCCUCUCCCUUCCCAAACAUCUGCAGGAGAGGGGGCAACUGCAGGGGUUAAAGCAUGGAUUGCAAGGUUGAUGUAUAAUUUGCAUAUGUUAUGUACCUGGUAGUAUGGAGUAAUGAGCUAGUAAAUACCGGGUGGCGCAAAAAAAAGUACAACUGUUUGAUUACUUGUAACUCAGAAACAAUAAGCAGUAGAACCAUAAAUCGAGUUUAAUUGCAUCCAGCGAUAUCUAACUUAAAUUUUGGUAUAUUUGACAGGGAUAUUCGUCCAAGAUUAACUGAGAUAUAAGAGUUUAAACUUUUGUUAACAAUUUUGAAACGGUCACAAAUUAGCUAAAAAUCAGUUUAAUAGGCCGUUUUUAGCUAAUUUGUGACCGUUUCAAAUUUGCUAACAAAAGUUUAAACACUCAUAUCUCAGUCAAUCUUGGACGAAAAUACCUGUCGAAUAUACCAAAAUUUAAGUUAGACAUCGCUGGAUGCAAUGAAACUCGAUUUUGGGUUCUACUGCUUAUGGUCUUUGAGCUAUAUGUAAUCAAACAGUUAUACUUUUUUUUGCGCCACCCGGUAUAUCCUUGCCUAUAAUUAGUUUCUGAUUAAAUGUUCAAAGAUACACAGUGUGAAGCAUGAAAAACAAAUGGAAGAUACCCACUGCAACAAAUUUUCAACAAAUAUAUAUGGAUUUGUUCACUUCAUUUACUUUCAACACAAGUAAUUAUAGUAAUUAUAAUUACAAACACAAUGUACUGUCAUUUAAAUUUUAAAGACUUUAUAUGUGCUCCAUGUAUAUAUGUUAAUGUAAUAUAAAAAAUGUGUUUAUUGCUAAAAUAUGUGAUAAAUAAUACCGUAAACCUCUGGCUAUAAGCCCUGGGCUUAUAUUCUUUUGUAAGCGAUUUUUGGUGGGCUUAGGGGGGGGGCUUAUAUGCACGGGGGCCUUAUACAUGGACAAUCAAUUGUGUUAGUAAUAAACAAGUCAGUCAUAAACAGGAAAAUAAACAUGUAUUAAUAACACACUUCGAUUAACAUAGUAAGCUAUAAAGACAAUGACAGUGUUUUAAAUAUUCGUUCUCUGCUAUAUUAAAAGACAAUGUCAAUGUUAAAUAACAUACUGGGAUUAUAUUCAGGGGACUUAUAUUCAGGGGGCUUAUAUUUGAGGGGGGGGGGCAUAUAUUUGGAAUGAGGUGAGCAUUAUAUUCAGAGGUUUACAGUAUACAGUUGAAAAAAGCUUGUAUUUUCUUGUCAUAGACACACAUUUCAGGGUGGAUAUAGAACAGCUUAUACAUUGGGUUCUCAUGUGGAUCCAAUGGUAAUUUGAUAUCGCUGCCAUCACCAAAUAUAGUAUAGUGUAGCACAGAAUUGCCUUGUCACCCUUGUAUCAUAAUCAUACUUUGACAUACUAUCAUGCAUGCAGAAAUCAAGUGGUCAUUCAUGUGGAGAUAUGACUAUCACGAUAGAAUUAGUUACGCCAAGUAACAUGUCGUACACGUCAGGUAGCAGCUGAAAUAUUUUAAUAUUUGCCAUAAUAUGCCCAUAACCUGUUGGCAAAACAACCAAAACAUCUUCAUCCUUUUACAAUGGCCGAGAUACAUAAAAUUUAAUUGAAUGUCUCGUCUUUUAACGAAUAUUCAAGCCCUCUUUUCGCUAGAACAGCUUUCAUAGCUCUUUCAGUAUUUGCCAUUGAGUAUAAUUUAAUAGUAGUACGAUUUAAAGCAUCUUUAAACGUAUAAAAAACCAUUUUGUACACUAUAUUCUGAUGAGAAUCUUUGUUUAAAACAAUAUCGAUUGUGAGCGUGUGCCCGCGCGAAUUUAGUAAGCGGAAUAAACAAAAGCAAUAAAAGCGCAUGCGCCAUUUAUCUCAUUUUGGAUAAAAAAAUUCGAUUUCCCCAGAGUCAUGCCACAACCUAACCCGCGAACAGGCAUACUCUGGGAACGAGAUUGGACGCGACGCGAGAAAGGCAAGAUGAGGAAAAUAUUCCCCCCGCUAAAGAGUGUAUAAAAACGUAGAGUGAAAUCGUUAGCAUGAAUUAUUUUCCGACGCCCAGGUUUCGUUAUGAAAAGCGAAACGUGAUCAUUUCCGACGAUCUACGAAGAUAACUCUUUCUCAGCUGCGUCCUCGCCCGCAAACGCAAAGCGGGCGCAUGGCGACCGCACAGUGGACGCACCCUCAAACGCCCGCAGACGCACGGUGGACGCACAACGGACGCACGGCGCCCGCAGGACGAACGUGCCCGUGGACGCACAGUGGACGCAAGAUACCCGCGUCUUGGACGCGGUGUUUGAUAAGUUAUUUCUUGGCAGUACUGUACCCCUGACAGUCAGUUGGGUUACCAUCCAGGCAACAUAGCUACGCGCCCGCGAGCACUACCAAACUUAAGACUUCGCACUGUUGUUUUGAUGUAAAUAGCCGAGCGGAAUUUCUGCCCUCCCACGUGCCCACACCCUUACGCGCAUGGUUCGGCGUAACGCUAAUGUGAUAAGUACAAUCAAGGAUUAAAGUUUUAUUCACGAACUAGUAUCUUUAAAAUAGUGGUAUUUUCUUCCCUAUUUAUCUCAUCUGGUGCAUCUUUCAUAUUUUUGGACCCAUUUCUUAAUCAUUCAUAUUUUUGGACCCAUUUCUUAGAAAUUAUUGGAUUUGAGUUCGUUAUUGUAGUAUUUUAAUAAUAGCGACUAUUUCGUUUAGUUUUUAAUAAAGCCAGAGGACAUAAGAUGGAAAGAGAAAACUAUCUGGAAGAUCUACAACAGCGAAAGCCCAAAACGUAUGUUACAGUAUACCUUCUGCGUUCUGCCAAUACAUAGAAAGGUGAAACGAUUUGGAUAGCAGCCAAUCCCUAGACAUGCUAUGGUAAUAUAUUGACGUAUGUUAUAAUUACUCGGUUUGGUUUUUAGAUUGUCAGAGCAAGAUAUCGAGCAUUUAAUUGAAACAUCUCCACCCAGUGAUGAUGAGUAUCAACCCGAUGGAUACCGGAAACGUGAUUAUCGUGGCGGGUAUCAGCAGCGUCGAGACACCCAUGCGCCGUUCAGACCUGAAAUACCAGAACCGCGUGGGCCUACAGGUGGCAAACGUAGAUAUAGGGAGAGGUUUAACGAUCGUGAUGUCGAACAUCAGGAUUGCUGGAGUUAUGAUGAAGUGAAUUAUGAUGACGACAGGUAUGUAAGGUAGCUGCUAACAAAAUUUUGCCAAAAUUUGAUUUUACCUCAUAAAUUAAAGCAACAAAAUUCAUAAACAUCAAACAUUCACGGGAAACUUGUCCGAUUCCCCCAUAGUAAAUCCUGGGAAAUGGGAAAUCACUUUCCCAUAGUAAAUCAAAUUUAGACUUCGUAAUGCUUUGCUUUUCCCGGGUGUGAAUAGACGAGAGCGGAGUUAGUACCCUCGGCCCGGGCUUACGCCCAGAACGGCCCUUCGCGCCUUUGGCUCGGGAAAUAGUAUUGACUUUAUAAUAUCAAUAUUCCCCCCUGCAAUACUGUAAUACAUGGCGUACAACAAAUUUUCCACAAGUAAAUUAAUUUAUUAAAUCUGGUAAAAUAUUAAGAAACGCAUGUACACCGAACUGACACCAACUGCAGCCCACUACUAGAAAAUGUUAGAUUUACAUCACUAUUUAGAUGACUACUCAUGGAUUGCUACAAAGUCUUCUUUUGUCGUGGUAUAACUGUUUCCUACAUGUAUAUUAAGCGAUGCCAACUAAAAAUCAAAUGAGCUUAUACCCUUUUGUUCUACAUGAGAUUUCCGUUCUCAUUGAGCUCACCUUAGGACACCUGCGUUAUUAUUUGACAGUCGUACCGCCCCAUGCAGCCAUACUCCCAACCUGACAGUGUCUUCGGCUCGGAUCGACCGGGAGAAGAGCGGUCUAAAUGCUAAAAAAGCACUGAAAGAAAUGCAUGUAAAAUCAAAAACUAUUUUGAUAUUUGAACAGCGACAUUAUGUGCAGUCAUCAAUGGUAAAACUAAUCUGUUUUUGGUGAUGUGUACUCUAAAUAUUAUCUGUCUUCUUCGACAGGUUUUAUGGCCGCCGUUUUGCAGGAGACACUGGGAGAUAUCAAAAUAGUGAAAGGGGUAAUUUGAAAUACGAGAGAGAUUCGUACACGGAUCAAGAUAAGUUUCCAAGCCACGACGAGAGGCACAGGUACGAAACCGAUCUUAGUAAUGACUCACGAUUUGAUAGCUAUCCUAGGAAAGACGGCACGUUUCAUAGGGAAGAAAGGAGACAUGAAGUUGAUCGUCGGAGACGAGUAGAUCAUCGGGAUGCUGGAAGAUAUCGUCAUCCACACUACGAUGGAAGUUACGAGGAACCUGCAAAUUACAGAGAAAGAGACGAUAGGAAUAACAGCAGAAUGCAUAAUAGAAAUCCGAGUCGAGAUUAUAGAUGGAGAUAGGAAUACUGGAACAACAAAGAGUAUUGGCAAGCCUAGAGAAACCUAGAAAGACUUUUAAAUAACCGAGACGAUGUCAAAACCAACAGUCGUAAAAUUAGUAAAUUAGUUAGUUGCAUUAUAAACGCAAACAAUUUUUAACCAACCCAUGUUGAUAUUUUAGCUUCAU